CGAGGCGUUUGCGGCAGCGCGGCCGGGCCGGGCCGGCCAGAGCGCGGCGGCCGUGCAGCAUGCUGGACCCGGAGGGCAGUGUGGAGCACCAGCCUGCCUCCUCCUUCCCCAAAGUCCUCCUCAUCCCUCUAGCCAUGCUCCUCGCAAUUGCAGCGCUCCUGCUCUUAGCCUUUUCCGCUACGCGGCAGAAGGAGCCUGAUUUUUACACUUUCAAAGUUGUAAAUAUCAGGGGCAAGCUUGUGUCUCUGGAGAAGUACAGGGGCUCGGUGUCUCUAGUUGUCAACGUUGCAAGUGAGUGUGGGUACACAGACAGCCACUACAAGGCCUUACAGCAGCUGCAGAGAGACCUGGGCCCGUACCACUUCAAUGUGCUGGCAUUCCCCUGCAAUCAGUUUGGGCAGCAAGAACCAGACACCAAUAAAGAAAUUGAGAGCUUUGCACGAAAGACUUAUGGUGCCUCCUUCCCCAUGUUCAGCAAAAUCACAGUCAGUGGAGCUGGUGCAAUUCCUGCCUUCAAGUACUUAAUUGAGUCUACAGGAGAAGAACCAACCUGGAACUUCUGGAAAUACCUGGUGGACCCCAAUGGCAAAGUAGUAAAGGCCUGGGACUCUACUGUCUCUGUUGAAGAAAUAAGACCCCAUAUUACAGAACUUGUAAGGAAAAUCAUCCUAAAGAAGAAAGAUGAAUUAUGACUUCCAAAAAUCCCAGUAUGCCAGUUGCAUCUUAAUUGAGAAUUAGGCUUGGACUUUGUCUUUUCACAUUCCAAAAGAGAGGAUAUGGGGAAAGGAAAUUGUGACCAGUUGAAUCUCAGAAUCUCACCAUCUCAGAAUGUAGAAACCAGCAAGUUAACAUGGUCAAAGUAAUAUAAUGUUUUUCUCUGACCAAAUUUAGUUUGAGUUUUCUAGGAAAGAAGAAAUCUUCAGCAAUUGUUUCUUCCCCAAUUCAAUUGCUAGUUGUUGGUAACACUAAAGGAAGUCAGUUAAUAUAGAAAGAAAGAUCAGAAUAGUGAAAAUGUCCUAGGUGGGAUCUCCCUGAUAUCUCCAAAUCUGUUGUCAUAUUUUGAUUGCAAACUGAAUAAAAUAAACCACAAAAAGUGCA